GUGGUGCUGAUUAUGAAGAUGUAGUUAAAUGGUUAUCAGAUGUGAAGGAAGUUUUUACUAGAACACAACUACAACCAUCCAACAGAUAUAUAGCUGUUCAAUCGUAUCUAACUGAUUCUGCUGAAAAAUGGUUUCGACAUAAUAAAUCUAAUAUUCUUGAUUGGUCUACAUUUAAAAUUGAACUUGUUAAAGUUUAUAACCCAUCACUUCAUCAACUUUUAUUAAAAAUGGAACAACGAGUCCAAUUAUCCACUGAAUGUGUUAUGGAUUAUUAUUGCGAUAAAAUUUAUUUAUGUUCUCAGGUGGACCCUGACAUGAGUUUCCCAAUGAUUAUUCAUUAUUUGACUAAAGGCUUAAAACCCUCAUUAAUAGCUCAUGUUAUUCAUAGAAAUCCUACGACACCUAAUGCAUUUCGUGUUUUUGCUCAAGAUGAAGAAAAAAUCUUACUUACAUUAAAUGGUUUCUCUUAUGCUACACCAACUGAACAUUAUACUUAUCCAAAUGACAAUAUUGAUAUGGAUCAUCAAGUGAAUAUUAUUAAACGUCCAGUUAAUCUGAACAAUCAAUCCGUUAAUUGGCAACAUUAUCAAUCAGCUCCUCAACCACUUAUGAAUGUACCAACCACUGCAUCUUCGUCUUCCUUUUAUCGUCCUUCCUCAGCUACAUCACGUCAAUGCUAUGCAUGUCAUGACGGUGGUACCUCUACAAUCAAGAAAAAACCAUCACAUUCUUCAUCCUCAUCAAUUUAUGUUCCCUUCAAUCAUGUACCUACUACUAUUUUAGUUGAUACAGGUGCUGCAAUUUCUCUAAUUCAUCAUCAAAUAUUAUCUAAUAUGCAACACACUCCUAUUAUUCCUUGUUCAUUAAAAGAAGUUCAUACAGCAAAUUGUGGUUUCAUCGCUCUCAUUAGUAUAGUUAAACUUGAUGUUCAAAUUCAUCAUAUUCACACUCAAGCAGAUGCAUAUGUUACACAUGAUCUUAUUUGUCCUCUGAUUUUAGGUCGUGAUUGGAUUCAAAACAAUUAUGUUAAUAUUAAUUUCUAUACCAAUCGUAUUUAUCUCUUUAAUGGUCUUGCUUCAACUGCUUU